GUUACCCACUUCAUCCUCCUGGGCUUCCCCUCAAGCCCAGAAAGGCAGCUUCUCUACUUUAGGCUCUUCUCAGUAGCCUACACGCUGACCCUCAUGGGGAAUACAGCCAUUGCCUGUGCAGCGCAGAGAGACCAUUGCUUUCACACCCCCAUGUACAUCUUCUUGGGGAAUUUCUCUCUUCUGGAAAUAUGCUACCUCACAACAACUGUUCCUAACUUGUUAGCCAACGUCCUCUCCACAACGAAGUCCAUCUCCUUUGUGAGGUGUUUUGCACAAUUCUACUUCUUCUUCUCCUUUGGAUAUGAUGAAGGCUUCUACCUUUGCAUUGUGGUCUUUGACAGGUACCUUGCCAUCUGCCGCCCUCUCCAUUAUCCACACAUCAUGACCAGACAGCUCUGCACCAGCCUCCUUGUCUUUGGGUGGUCCUGUGGGUUCAUUCUCUUUCUAACUCCGUUUGUUUUCAUCUCACAGCUACCCUACGGUGGCCCAAAUAUUAUCAACCAUUUUGUAUGUGAUCCUGUCCCAUUGAUGAUGCUGUCCUGUCCUGAGGACACCACAACCCAGUUCAUUUAUUCUUCUUUCAAUGCUUUCUUCAUGAUUGGUACUUUCAUCUUUAUCAUUUGCUCUUAUGCUCUGGUAAUUUUGGCUGCGGUACAAAUGCCUUCAGCAGCGAGCAAGCAUAAGGCUUUCUUGACUUGUGCUUCUCAUUUAGCAGUUUUUAUCCUAUUUUAUGGCUCUAUUAUGGUGAUGUAUGUUGGUCCUGAGUCAGGACGCACAGUGAAGAUGCAAAAAAAAUUAUUUGUUUUAUUCUGUGAUAACACCUCUAUGUAA